AUGGCGACUCGGAGCCCUCAUUCCGGCGAGAAUGAGGACGAUGCGUCUUUGAUAGAAUUCAAGUAUGCACAUGAUGACGAACAUAACGACUCCCCAGACGCCUCUACAGACCCUAAAUCACUACCCAUGCAGAAGAGGCGUCGCGUGGGCCGUGCAUGCGACGAGUGUCGCAGGAAAAAGAUCAAGUGUGAUGGCAAACAGCCCUGCACCCAUUGCACAGUUUAUAGUUAUGAGUGCUCGUACGACCAGCCGUCUAAUCGACGCCGAAACCCCGCUCCACAAUAUGUCGAGGCGCUGGAAGCUCGUCUCCAAAAAGCCGAGGCCCUUCUAAGGACCGUCCUACCCAAUGUCAACCUCGACGACCCGCAACUAGACGUACAUGCGACGGAGCAGAGAUUUGCCGCAGCCCAGAAAGAGAAACAAGCGACCGAGGAAUCCAAACCGCCAGCCGCGCAGGCUGAUGCGGCGCCAGAAGCGGGGGACGAGGGGCUCCUCGAAACUAUGGUCGAUAAUUCGGGCUGUUUGGAUCGCGACGAUCAGGGCCAUUGGGAUUAUCACGGACACACUUCGGGAAUCAUAUUCGUGCGCCGCUUGCGCAAGCAAUUGGGCGCCGUCGACAUCACAAGUCCCAUGGCGAGAUCGCGAGCUUCGAUCUCAGGCCAAAUGAUGGGAAGUCCCAAGUCCUUUUCCGAGUCGCCACAGGAUUCGAGCUUGCCCCCUACCCACGACCUGCCCCCGCGAGAGGUCGCCCGCCGCCUGUGUCACAAUUCAAUCGACCACGCCUGCUCGCUGAUGCGGUUCGUGCAUGAACCCUCGUUUUUCGCAAUGUUGGAGCGCAUCUACGACACCCCUCCAGACCAGUUCACGAAUGAGGAAAACUCGUUUUUGCCACUCUUAUAUAUUGUGAUUGCUGUUGGAUGUUUGUUCUCAGAAGACGGUCAGGGGCAAGGCACUCUCGAUCUGUCGGGUUAUGAAGGCGCAAUUGGCCAAGGAUUCCAAUUCUUCAAAGCCGGAAGACAACUUUUGGAAAUCACAGAUUGUCGGGAUUUGCCUUCGCUCCAGGCAAUCUGUUUCAUGGUACUUUUCCUCCAAUCUUCUGCCAAGUUGAGCACAUGUUACUCCUAUGUCGGAAUCGCGCUGCGCUCCGCGCUGCGAUUGGGCCUUCAUCGCAGCGUCGCAGCAGACUUCAAUCCCAUUGAACGAGAACUUCGAAAGCGCAUCUUCUGGGUCGUUCGCAAGAUGGAUGUAUAUGUCAGCACACUCUUGGGUCUCCCUCAGAUGCUGAGCGAUGACGAUAUCGACCAGGAGUACCCCAUUGAGGUCGAUGGGGACUUCAUCACCACGCAAGGAAUCACCCAACCGCCAUCCAACUACACUCCACUGAUGGCAGGAUGCAACGCACAUACCCGUCUUUCGGUCAUCAUCCUGAAGGUCGUCAAAUACAUAUAUCCAGUGAAGAACGCGCGGUAUCGCUCCAAGUCUGAUCAACGGUAUAUGGUUAGCCAUUCUAAGAUCCGCGAGAUCGAGCGAGAUCUGCAAAAUUGGAUGGAGGAACUGCCUCCAGCCCUGCGACCGGGUACAGAAGUGUCGCCCCAGCUUGAACGGGUCCGACAAUUGCUCCGUAUCAGUUAUGCUCAUGUGCAGAUGGUUAUGUACCGACCGUUCCUCCAUUACGUAUCUGGGGGCUCACAGGCGCGUGGCGUUGAUAAGAGGUCAUAUGCUUGUGCGGCUGCAUGUGUCAGUGUUUCUAGAAACAUUGUGCACAUCACCACUGGAAUGCAGAAGAGAGGUCUGCUAAAUGGGUCGUUCUGGUUCACCAUGUACACGACUUACUUUGCUAUCCUCUCGCUUCUGUUCUUCGUCAUUGAAAACCCAGACUCCCCUACAGCCAAGGACGGUGUUCUCAAAGAUGCCAUGGAGGGCAAGCAUACCUUAGCCGGAUUGGCCAAGAAAAGUUUGGCCGCCGAUAGGUGUUCUCAGAGUUUGAAUUGUCUUUUCAAGACCCUGCCCGAGAUGUUGAAGAAUCGCCAGAGCUCCAAGCCUGCUGUCAAUCUCAAGCGGACCGCCCCAGACUACGCCUCGGAGGCCGAACCCAAGCCGAUGGCAGAGAAAACGUUGCCACACCGGUCGAGCACGUUCCCGGCGCAGAUGAUGUCCCAGUCCCAGCCUGUAACAAAAGAUACUCACAGUCGGCGCCAGCAGAGUCUGGACAAUGCCCACAUCAACAGUCGCUCAACUGAUACAAGCAAUCAGUCUUCAUGGGUUUCCACUACACCUGAGCUGUUAACCGAAACCAUGACUACCCCUGAACACAUCUCAUCGGCCGGGUCCAUGAACAUGUCCAUGCCCAACCAAGAGCCAUCGAGCCUAGCAUGGGCACAACAAUUUACAAACCCCGCCAACCUCCCAGAUCUUAUGCCCAUGAUGUUCCCAUCCGAUGAUCCAUUCGCAUACCCCACUCAGCCCAUGUCCACCCUGGAAGACGACCACUUCCGCCACGACGCAGGAAUCCCAGCACAGUAUCCCUUCGACUCAACCCAAGGAACAGGAUUGGGCCCCACGACCCCCGGCGACCCCAGCGUAGGCGUCUCCACCCCACCAUUCGACCUAACAAACCUCUCUGGCUUCCCGGUCGGACACACCCAAGGGUACAAAUCAUCCGUGCCAAGCCACCUCCGCCCCUCUCAUUCCCGCAGCUCGUCACGAAUCCAGUCACCGAUCUCGCAAAGCCAAUCCUCAAUCGAAGGUCUCGGCAGUCCAGACCUGGUCUCAAUCCCGAACCAGAAUUUCGUCUGGCAGAGUUACAACUUCCAGCCCAACCACUCGAAUAAUAUGGCUGCUGAGUCUGUGCCGCAACAACAAGAGAUUGAUCCGAGUCGCAUGCCAAAUGAAAUGCCUGAUCUUAAUGUCAGUAUGGAUGAAAAUAUGGGCAUGAAUAUGGACCUGGGGAUCUCGUUUGAUGAUCUCUUUGGUAAUAAUGCUGCUUAUCGACCUGGGCAGGCGGCAUCGAAUGACGAAUGGACUCAGUGGAUGAACACUAAUACUUGA